AUCACUUGUUCUCACAUACUAGUACAAGGGUUCAACUGCCUCAACUUCCGCUGCACUACUCAAAGUCUCAAGUCUCCACAGCUGGGACUUUGUCUCUGGAAAGAUCCCAAGGGCUUUUUCAGCCCAACACAGUCUAUACAAACAUUGUAGAUAAACAUGUUUGACAUAUAGCUAGCUCAUCAAGCAUCCAGCUUCCUCACAUACACAGCACGGUACGCCAGCAUCUCCAGCGCUGCCUCGAACAGCGCCAUGGCAUCCGCACUGUGCUCUAUCGCCUCCAGCCAAAGAAUGCCGCCCGGCCUCAGCACACGAUGCCAGUCGAACAAUGCGAGCUGGAAGUCCCUGGGCGGCAGGGCGUCCACCCCUGCAGCAGCGCGGGGCCUGUGGUGCCAGAGGCGUGGAUGAGGUCCAGCGAGGCGUCAAACAGCGGCAGGCGCGCCGUCAGAGGCAUGUCCAGACCCAACAGGCCCCGCCACGCCAGGGCCUCCUGGAAUGGCACUGCCACCCUGCUGCUGCUGCUGCUGCUGCUGCUGCUGCCACUGGCACCACUCAUACCGCUGCUGCGGCUGCCCCGAUGCUGGUGGUAACGGCAGCGUCAGCAGCAGCAUUGCCUGAGGGCCACUGCCAGGCGUCACUGUGGCCAAUCACGUUGGACUCCGCUACAGCUGCAGCAUCAGCAGCAGCGGCUGAAGCAAAGGCUGCCAGCUUGCGCUCGAUGCACGCCACGUCAGCGCAGCCAUCCUCCGGCCGCCGAGGCAUCGUUAUAAGCACUCCGCGCAACCUGCCGGCGGCGCACGAGCUCCCCCUGGCACUUGCGGAGGGUUGACCGCAACGCGGCGACGUCCGCGCGGUAUCGGGGCAAUCGCGGAAGGGUGCGGGGGGUGGGGAAGUAGCGCGCGAGGAAGAGGCGGAGGUGCAGCAGCGAGAGCACGGCGACGGCGAGCAGGCGGAAGGGCGUGCAGGAGGGCGCGGCGCGAGGCAUCAGUGAAUCGCGCGUCGGGGCGCGGCGCCAGCCAUGCGGAGGCCGGUGGAUCAUGUGCGUCGGCUAACCUCGUGGGUGGAUGCGGCACCACUAACGAUCAACCUAGAAGGCAUCAUGCUUCGAGUGAAGAGAACGGGUGAAGCACGCACGAUGAUCAAGUGCUUGGCUCAAGUCUGAUCGGUGUGGCAGGAGGAUCAGCUGCGAACUUUUGCGACGGCAUGAGAGACAACGGAACCGCCGAAAACGCUGACGACUGUCGGGAACUCGCUGAGACAGUUUUUGAUUUGUUUUACUGAAUACGAAAGUGUACCAAUCUGAAUUUAUAGGGAUGUUUGCAGAUUUCAGAUCCUUUCCAUA